CCGCCACAUCACCGUUAAAAUGGUGGCCAUUCCGCUGUUCAAGGUCGGCGGGUUGCUGCUUCGGACGUUGACCAAGCCGGUGGCGAAGGCCCUCAAGUCGCACGCUAAGACACAUCCAUGGCUCAGCACCGUGUGUAAUUCGGUGGGCCAGCACCAGAAUCGAGCGAUGCUCAAGAUUCAAAUGAGCGUGCAAGGUCAAAUCAACACCCGGUCUGUUCAAAUCAAAGAGCUGCCUAUUGAUCAAGCUGUGGAGAAGGGCGCCGAGUUCCUCGGUGAAGUGCUCAUCUUCUCCGUGGCCGUGGCCGUGGCUGCGUACGAGUACGACCGCAGCAGCAAGAGCAGCAAGGAGAAGGAACGCAAGGCCAACGAGCGCGAGUACCAGAAGCAGCUCGACGUCGACAUGCGGUUCCGACGACUCGAGCAUCAAAUGCGAGCCAUGGACGACCAACUUACGCUCCUCAAGACGCAGCUGGACUCGGCCACCGCCGCCAUCGUGCGGUUCGAAGACGAGCGCGAUCUGUCAAUAGCCCAACGGCAGCAGUCGCGGUGGCCCCGCUUAUCGUGGUCUUCGUAAGCUAUCCUCCUCCCAACCCACCUCGAUCCAUAUAAACUGCCAAUUGUGGCCGUGCUUGAUGGACUUUACAGCCCCAUCGCUGCCUUGACUUCGACCAUCGUGUCGGCAGCGAUGGC